AUUUAAAAUGACUGAUUCCUCACAGAGCUAUAGGCGGAGAAGAUUAGUGUAGGCCUCCCGAUCUUUUUUACCUUUUCACCUAAAGAUCGAUUGAACAGUGAAAGUGCAACAAUUUUGUGGUCCGGAUACAAAUUCUUCGUUGCUGGCUGUCUUGGUUAACCCUCGACCAACAUGAAUAUCUUUAGACUGUUAGGGGAUAUUUCCCACCUUGCAGCACUCAUAAUAUUGUUAUUAAAGAUUUAUUCCUCUCGUUCGUGCAAGGGCCUCUCAGGAAAAACUCAAAUUAUGUUUGCGUUGGUGUUUACUGCCCGAUAUGUUGACUUGUUCGUAUACUACAUAUCUGCAUACAACACGAUAAUGAAAAUUACAUUUAUUGUGUUGUCUUACUUAACGGUUUACUUCAUUUAUGUUAAGUUCAAGGCAACUUUAGACACAAAUGAUCAUCUGUUUCGUCUUCCCUACUUUGUGAUCCCCAUUGGUGGCCUCGCAUGUCUUGUUAACCACAAGUUUGAGUUUUUGGAGGUACUGUGGACAUUUUCUAUAUAUCUGGAAUCAGUUGCUAUUUUGCCUCAAUUAUUUAUGAUCAGUAGUACAGGUGAAGCGGAAACGAUAACUGCGCACUAUUUAUUCGCAUUGGGAUCUUAUCGUGCUUUGUAUUUGGUCAAUUGGAUAUACCGAUAUUAUGUGGAAGAUGUUUAUGACUUGGUAGCUAUUGUAGCUGGAUGUGUCCAAACACUAUUAUACAUUGAUUUCUUCUACCUUUAUGUCACUAGAGUACUCAAAGGUCGCCAACUUAUUCUUCCAGUCUGAGAAAAAAGGGUGUGUUGUAAUUUUCGAUUAAUACCUUGUUUAGCAAUAUUUCGUUUGUUUUCUUUUUUUCGUCACAAUACUGGUUCAUUUGUCUUAGUAAUAAAUUUGUUGAAAACAUGUUCAAACCUCAAGUGCCCAGGUAAAUUGAUUCAUUGCUGGUUCUAUUCAGUUAAUUUUCUUCUUGAACUGUAAACUUUGCUUUCCUUCUCUUAUCUAUAUGUGUUUUUCUAUCCAGUAUUAUUGAAUUCACUGUUUAUGGUUUCAUAAAAAUAUAAGUGACAUGGAGUAUUUGGUGUGUUUGCUAUAUUUUAUGUAUUUAUAUAUAAGAAAGUGUUCGCUUCGCUUCAUUUUUCCCUGGAAAUGUAAAGCGCUUUCAACCUAUAUAUAUAUAUAUAUAUAUAUAUAUAAACGCCGUCUUAGUAACCGGUUAAUAUGUGUGUCUAAGUACCCAACAACAAUACACUUCAUUUUUCUAUAACUUGCUUCAUAACAUACUUGAUUAUUUCAAAAACUUCUUUUGACUUAUUUGUUUACUUGUCAAAUUUUGUUAACACUUCUUUUUUGCUUUUGUUUGCUCUCCUCUUCCAAAUAAAUUAAAUAUCAUAAAUGCCUAUUAA